AUGCUAGGGGACAUUCAAUUCCGCGCCGGUGUGUUGGGUACCGCCUCUCUCCUCUCCACCCACUCCUCCACCUACGUCAUGAGGUACGCAUACACCCAGGGGCCGCGUCUCUUCACCCACCGCCACCCUGACCCCUCCAAGGCGCCCCCCUCCCCCAUAAGAGGUGAUGACAACGUAAGCACGAGCGUGUGUGUGCGUGUGUGCGGGCGUGCGGGCGUGCGAGGACAUGGAGACGACGAACGGAGAAGGAGGGGGCGCUGUGGGGGGGCGGGGGUCCUGGGUCACGCCAAGGAGCUGUGUGUCAACAAGAUGGGUCACACAAUGGUGCCACGUCCUGAAGGUGGCGGUGGUUUUGGUAAAUUCCGCCAGCUGUUUUGGCGCCACAGGUUACAAACAGUGACAUAUUGUGCUGUUUUCUGGAGUUUUGGCAUGUGCGUGGCUUUCCUCGGCCCUACGCUUCUGGACUUAGGGUGCCGAAUUUCGUCAGUAUUCAGUUCAAUGUCCUGGAUUUUCUUCUCUCAAGCGCUCUUCACCCUCAUUGGCUCCGCGUGUGGGGGGUUCCUCAUUCAAAGACACAGGGAGCCGCGCCCCCUGGUGGAGGAGGGCCGGUGGAGGUGGUUCUACAAGUAUUUCAGAAGCGAGAGCAGACUGGGGAAUCACGUGGUUCUGCUCAUCUCCACUACAAUGCUGUCGGUCACCCUUGCUGUGGUUCCGUGGUGCAGAGUGCUGUGGGGUCUUGCAGGGGUCCUCGCUGUAAUGGGGUACUUCAUGGGAACGAUUGACACAGUUGCUAAUAUUUCGAUGAUUCAGCUGUACGGGAGGAACGUGGCGCCCUUUCUGCAGACUCUCCACUUCUUCUACGGCCUGGGCGCCUUCCUCUCCCCCCUCGUAGCGGAGCCCUUUCUGCUUAACAAGGACUGCACGGCCCCCCAACUCCCCAACCCACCCCACCUGGCGCCCCUGAGCCGACCCCGCCCCACCCACGAUAUAAGCAAUGAUUCAGAUAUUCAAUACGCCUUCUGGAUCCUGUCUGGCCUGCAGAUCCCGGUGGUGCUGUUGCUGGUUCUCCUGGUGGUGCGGGAGGCCAUGGGGCUGGACCAGAUAGGCGCUGAGGACCCAGGGAUGCAAGUGGAAGCUGGGACAGAGGUUUAUGAGAUGCGUGCCUCGUGUUUCAGUAAAGGGGAGGAACUGCCGCCUGUCACGAGGGAACAGCAGCUCACAGUUAUUGUUCUUACCGCCUUCAUGCUGUUCCUGUACGAUGGUCUGCAGGCGGGUUACGGCGGCUACGUCUUCAGCUACGCCGUCAGAAGCAUUGCAGGGAUGGAAAUGGACGAAGCGGCGUACCUAAAUGCGUGUUUUUGGGGCACCUUCGCUUUUGGGAGACUAAUAUCAAUUGCACUGGCCACACGACUCGCUCCCUCUUUCAUGCUUCUUUGCAAUAUUAGCGGGUGUCUCGUGGCUAUGGUGCUGAUGGUGUCCCUCCGCCACAACCACGCAGUAUUGUACAUUGGAACUUGCUUAUUUGGCACUUUUCUCUCAUCUGUUUAUCCUACGGCCGUGUCCCUCGCUGAAACAUACAUUCACGUUACUUCCACCAUGACCUCGGCGCUGGUAGUCACGGCGGCAGCGGGCGAGAUGGUUGUCCCGGUCAUCAUAGGUCACGCGUUUGAAGCAAUAGGGCCGGCCAGUCUCCUAAUGUCGGGCGUGACAAUGACCCUUAUGAGUUUCGUGAUAUAUUUUGUCUUGUAUCUCGUGGCGCAGACGAUUACCAGGCAGUCUUCACAGCGCAGUCUCAGCCAGCGCAUCAAGUCCCUGCUGACGGGCAAGAGUGAAGCGGAGGCAGACGAAGACACAGGGCUAAUGAAACACCACGUUAAAUAUUACACCAGAAUGCGCAGCCGUCUAUCAGAGUCCUCCCUUGGUGACGCCUCUCCUGAAGAAAACGAGAGCAGUAGCGGCGGCGGCGGUGGCGGUGGUGGUGGUGGUGGUGGUGCGCAGAAGUGGAAAAAUGGUGACUCUCCUGCGCAGCUUUAGUUAUUAAUCGUAUUUUUUCGUGUUUUUGCGUGAAUUUGGUGUGUAGAAGGUAGUGGUGGUGGUGGUGGUGGUGUUUUGGUCUCUCUCUCUCUCUCUCUCUCUCUCUCUCUCUCUCUCUCUCUCUCUCUCUCUCUCUCUCUCUCUCUCUCUCUCUCUCUCUCUCUCUCUCUCUCUUUGUGAUGAUGGUGCUAAUCUUAUCCUCCUCCUCCUCCUCCUCCUCCUCCUCCUCCUCCUCCUCCUCCUCCUCCUCCUCCUCCUCCUCCUCCUUUUCUUUCUUUCUCCCUUUCUUCUUCCUUCCUUUUCUUCCUCUUAAUUCCUUCCACCUUGUUUUCUUCUUCCUUUUCUCCUCCUCUUCCUCCUCCUCCUCCUCCUCCUCCUCCUCCUCCUCCUCCUCCUCUUCCUCUUCAUCAUUUUUUUUCCUCUCUCUAAUUCAUUUUCCUCCUUCGUAUUCUUCCUUAUCAAUUUU